UGAUUCAUUCGAAAGUGAAAGCUUCCAGGGGAUCGCCGUUAUGACUUCUCUCUCUCCUUACAGAUCUGGUGAAAAGAUGUAAAAAAUCUUCGAUUAGAUAGUCUGAAAGUAAGAGGUGAUGGUUCUUCUGAUAAGAUCUCAAGAUGAAAGAGGUUCACUACGUUGUGCUCUUGCUGCUUGUGACUCUGAUCUCAGUAUAUGGUAAAUUCCUCGUACUAGGACCUGAUGAUCCAGUUGUAGCUACAGCAGGUGAAGAUGCUCUAUUGGAAUGUCAGCUUGUACCAGAUAUAUCCGUCAGGAACAUGGUGGUGAAAUGGCUUAAAUCAGGUCUUGAUUCACCAGUACAUGUGUACAGGAAUGGAAAAGAUGACAUUGUUGCUCAACACAGGGAUUACAGAGGAAGGACGGAACUGUUUAAAGAUGAACUGACCAAAGGAAACAUUUCUCUUCGAAUAAAGAACACAACAGUUUUUGAUGAAGGAGGAUAUACAUGUUUCGUUGAUGACAAAACCAAAUCUGAAACAUUUACACUUACGCUGGAAGUUGUAGGCUUUGGGUGUGAGCCCUGGAUUCAGAUGAAGGGAUAUGUUAAAAAUGGAAUCGAGCUUGUGUGUAAAUCCAAUGGAUGGUUCCCUGAACCGGUGAUACAGUGGAUUAAUGAGGAUGGACAUAAUUUAAUACAGUCUGAAGCACAAUACCAGAAGGAUUCUAAAGGUCUUGUCAAUGUCCAGAGAAACAUUGUAAUAACAAGAGAAUCAAAAAACAAGCUCACGUGUCGUAUACGGAAUGGGCAAUUAAAUACAGAGCAAGAUGUAACUGUCAGGAUAUCAGAUGAUAUGUUCCCCGCUGUUCCUGAUUGGCUGGUGCCAUUACUCAUCAGUAUUUGUCUUCUAAUUGUGGCCAUUUCUGCUUUGAUUUAUUGGAAUGUGAAACAAAAUCCACGGAUUGAAGAGCUAGAACUUUGGAAAUCUAUCGUAGAACUUGGUCAGUGGAAGCCUCUUGUUGGAUCAGAGUGGAAGAGAAUUUGUGAAUGUGAAGGAGACAAGAGAACCAUUGAUGUCAUCUUCCUUUCUAUUACAACCAUGGGAAUAUUUUGGGAUAGACGUUUUUGAACAGAAGGAAGAUGCCCUUAAUCAUAGUACACUACUACUCCAGGUGGAUAGAAGUCAGGCAACUGCAGGGCCACAAGCCAUUAGCAGUAAUUACAUCAUUGAAGGGGAUAUUUGAACACAUGGAAUCCCAGACAUUGCAAUCUCAGACAAUGGACCGCAGUUCACCAAUGAAUACUUUAAAGAGUUGAUGGCAUCAUAUGGAUUUGCCCAUACUACCAGCUCAUUGAGAUACCCUCAGGCCAACGGUGAAGCUGAAAGAGUGCAUACAGUGAAAGCAUUGCUGAAGAAGAAUGAAAACAUCCAACUUGCACUUCUGAGCUAUCGUUCAACUAUUGUUCAAUGGUCAAGCACCAUGUGAACUCCUCAUGAGAAGAAGACUGAGAAUUCAACUCCCCAACCUCACACACACAUACACACUCAAGCCAUGAGUACAAGCUGAUGACAAAAUGAGAGAUAAAGAAGAUGAAUAUCAUUCCAGCCAGAUGUGGAACUGUGACAAGCUCCACAAAGCACACAAUCUGCCAGUUUGGAUCUGAGACCAAGUUCACUAUGAAAAGUGGUUGAACAAACAGCACAUUCACAGUCUAAUCCCAUCCAAACAGAUAACAGUACAGCGAUCAGGAAGAGAAAUGCACUCGUUGCCAUACAGAAGAAGCCUCCUACUCUGUGGAAGCAGUUAUCUAACCAAUCGAACAGGCCAGAGAUGCUGCAUUCAUCCACCAAUCCAGAUGUCAACCUGGCUGGUGAACCUGAGCCAUCUACCAAUUUCCCACCCACCCAGCAAGACUCAAACCCCCAAUCCCCUCCAAAGGAGAAGAGGACCGCUUCCAGUAGACUUAUGAAACCAUCACAGUGGUUCUCAUCAAAAAUGAAUGGGGAAAAGCGGAGGACCUAAGAGAGUGAAAGAAGGUUAAGGACUGCAACACACCAGGGUUAAAGUCAUGGUUUGUUUGAUCUUCACAAUAAAGAAAUGGGAAUCAGUGACUUGAUGGGAGAUGUUGUAUUUGGGGUUAAUUCUAACUGUAAUAUGCUAAUGAGAGACAGUGUACAUCAUUGUAGGAAGUGAUGCGAUGUCACAUGAUCUCUCUUGUACAACCUCAUGGUAAGAUGUGGCCCACCAUUAGAUGUGUUCCAAUAAAGUUAGUAUUUUCCUUA